UAAUGUUUAAGUAAUGUACUUUAAAAAUAAAUGUUGUGAUGUGACACAGUCGCAUAACCAUUUAUUUUGUGUAUCUACAUACUAACACUUUUUAAGUGAUUUAGUGGUCUACAUUAUAGUAUGUAGAUUACCUUCUAACAUGACCAGCCACUGUUCAUAUCUACCGCUUCACCUGAUUGAUUAAAAUCAAUUGCGGCCGACUGCCGAUUAACUGAACUACAUGUAUUGGAAACCUUGAGAAAUACUGCCUUCUCAUUGGACAAAAUAUAAUGCUGACCACUAAGUAUCUCUUUUGUUCGUCGUAUUAUACUCUUCCAUAGAAUACUGAUAAUACAAUCAUUAAUAUCACCAUUUUCAACCAUUACCUGCUCAGACCGUAAAAUUCUGUUUCCUCAUGUUUCAUUCGUCAUUCAAAAUUCUGUCAUAAAAGUCACGAAAUUUAUGAAAGUCAUCUCGAGUUAAUAAAACCUUUUUCCCUAUUAUAUCAUUCGCCGCUCAAAGUUAUGUAAUAAAAGUAUUGAAAUUUAUGAAAGUCAUCCCGUGUAAAUGAAACUAUUUUACAUAUGUAUAUCAUUCGCCCCUCAAAAUUAUGUAAUAACAGUAUUGAAAUUUAUGAAAGUCUUCCCGAGUGAAUAAAACUAUUUAUGUAGGUUUAUCAUUUUAUGAAAACUAUAGACAAGCUAGAAAUUAAGAAGUAAUAUGUACUUUUUAACAGUUAUGUAAGAGUUAUAAAUAUCAUGAAGAUUUCAUGUAAUAAUUUCCUUGUUUCCCAUACAAUGCAUCCCGACUUUUUUGGAUUCACACUGACCUAUGGGUUUGAUUCUUCAAUCUUAGAUAGUACCUUUUAACACCAAUUUCAUUAACUAAAAUUAUAUAUUUUCUCAUCUUAUCUUUCAAAUUAACGUGCGUGUAACCACUAUUUAUAAAUAGCUCAUAAAAUAUUAACAGCCCUUCGGUGGUAUGGCGUUUGUGUACAUGCAAUUUAAGUCGUGCAUGAAAGAAACAGUUUUAAGUGCAGUGUUUUCAAAAUCAGACCACUUAACUGGUGAAAGUUACAGUUUUUCGGAUGAUAUGCGCAGUGGCGGCAAUGUUUUCAAUUCAAGCGUCUAGGCGUAUGCUCAUGAUCAGAACAAAUAUGACGUCGGUGCCAAUCGAAAGACCUCGGGAGUUUCCGUAAACUAAGCCAGCGUUUACCACUGGAUGUGAAGUUUGGGAACACACGGUUAACGGAUGAGUGCAUUUAAGAAUGGUUAAACUUUUGAGGACAAUUCACACAGACUGUGGAGAAAGAUCUGGAUAUUGCUGGAAAUUUACAUUAAAACAUGGUGCUAUUGAGUUAUAUAGUUGCUCUAUGUCUAGUUCAAACAAUUCAUCAGACCUUUGCGUAUAACGCUAAUCAGCAUGGAUUUUUCAAAAGACUCAAGUUCCAAAGACCACAGAAAGAGAAUGAAAUUAAAAGCCAUUUUGUGAAAAUCGUACGAAGAGCUGUUGGAAACAGCCUAGAGGAAGUUAAUAGAAAUACAAGUGCUGAUUUUACAACGCAAGAAAAUGUUAUUCCAUAUUCGGAAACUAAUUCUGGAGUCAAUGUGACCACUUGGACUGAGGAAAGGUUAAACACCACUGAUUCUGUUGUGGAAAGUCGUGGUAACAAUACGGAUAUUAAUGACAUAAUUACACAUUCCACAAAUCAAAUAGAUCAAGCAGGACCUACUGACAAUGUUACACGUGCAAUAUCAUCAAGUUUUACAUCUACAUUUUCCUCAGGACUCAUUGAGACUUCAACAACAGUGUCAACAAUAUCACAUUUAGACUCUCCAUCCGAAUCAAUCUCUGACACCACAUCGGCUGGUGGAUCAGUGUUAGCAACUACACCACAUUCUGUAGAUAGCAUCCAAUCAGCAAAUGACUCGCUUGCCUCUAAUUCUAAGUCUACGGAAUCUCCGGUGCUCAAUGUUAGCACAACUGACGCUAUCGUUGAUAAUACUGCUACAAGUGCCAUAAAUGCUGACACCACCAGUGAUAAAAUUGAUAUUACACCUGAUUUGGACUUAACAACUAAAUCAAGUUCUACAAAUGAAUCCAACUCUGAUAUUAUUAAAACUACAGCCAGUGCAAUACCUGAUGAUAUACGUUCAAAUACCACAACAGUAGCUAGUGAAAUAACUGUGUCUGACAGUAUUGGACAAAACGGUACCACAUUCUCGACCACAAUUGAUGCAUCUACUGCCAAAUCUGACGUCAUCGACCCGUCUGAUAACGUACAUACUGAAGGAAGCGGUGACGUCACUGACACUACAGAUGACUUCACGAUUUCGUUUAGUACAUCGACAACAUCUCAAACACAUAAUUCUACUGCUAUUGAAGGUUCCAAUGAUACCAUCGCUGUAGCUUCACCAUCAUCUGUUAAUGCUACAUCGACAACCGUAUCAACUCUAGCUUCCAAUAACACCAGCGCAGUAGCUACACCAACAUCUGUAAAUGAUACAUCAACAGCCUCUCCAACAAUAUCAACCACAGCUCCUGCAACCAAACAAUCCACAUCUGAUCCUCUACCUAGUCUUUCUGCGUCGACUACAACCGUUUCUGUUGCAUUGACAAAUGCAACAGCUGUAGCAAACGGUAAUGAAUCAAUUGUUAACGCUACUGGUUCAACGCCUCCAUCAGCAACCUCUACCAUUUCGACUGUUGGGGCGACAAAUGGCACAUCCACUGUAGAGUCUAGAACGGAGAAGACAACCUCUUCAACAGCCUUUGUGCCUACAUAUUCAUCCACCACUUCAACAUUGGCUUCAACCGCUUUGCCAGAGUUAUCCUCAACUGAAGCCGACACAUCUACGGAUAAUGAUAUACCAACACCAGAGGAAGAAAGCCACGAAUUCACCACCGACAGCCUCACAGAUGUCAAAACAACCAUCGCUACUAACCCUCGUCACACUACCACAGAGGAAGUUCUACCCGAACCUAAUGAUAAAACUACCAGAGAACCAAUAGACACCGAUGACCACGAUACUGGCGAUCGAGGUACACCAGAACCUGAUGAACACGAUGGUAUAAAACCCGAGCCGGGUAAUGGUACCUCUGAGCCUGAGGAUGAUGUGGGAAAUGAGCCAGAAAGCGAAGCAGGGCCAGAGUUUAAUCUUGAAGCCUUUGCUGAGCCAGGUCCGGAUUGGGAGCUCGCAAAGGAAUUGUGGCAAGAGGCAUGGGAAUUCCAUGUGUAUUUUUUCGGGUUGUGUUUUGUACUGCUUGGGAUGUACUGUGUUUUUGGCGUCAUAAGGCUAUGGACCAUGGAACAUCUACUGAGCAGGAAUUAUUUCGUAACCCUGCAUUUACUUGUGAUAUUAGUGUGUAUACUCCGUGCAACGUAUCUGCUUAUUGACGCGUACAACUCUACAGGACGUUUUCCCACGGUGAUGGACUACUUUCUCUACAGCACGGUGUUCCCGUGCAUUACGGCAUUAUUCAGUAUUCUAUUCUACGCCCUGUUACUUGCUACGCGUGUGCGCGUAUUGUCGCAAAAGGUACAACGUCUUUCGGUGCUGCUAGUUAUCAUUUCUCUACAUUUCGUGCUUUCCAUUGUGACAGAUAUAACAGUCGGUAUAUUCGCCACUGCCCCUGUUUUGAUAUUUGUCUGUCAGACUGUGUUUAUUGUAUGGGGUCUUCUUAUGUUUAUCGGCUAUCUUGUGAUCUUCAGAAAACUAUACAAAGGUGCUAUAAAUAGACAGAAAGUCAUUCAAAGUACGUCCCCAGAUCGUUUACAUAGCUCAAACCCUGCUAUGUACAAUGAAAAGACUGGGAAGUUCAAAUACACGUUCGAUUUAGCAGUGAAAAUUACUUUCGCAUCAGCAUUUUUCGGAGUUGCAAUAGUUGGGUUUGAGCUGUAUGGUAUGUUCGGUGUGUAUGGGGUUCUGAAAGCCGGCCGCAAGCCGGAACCGUGGCCUUGGUGGACAUAUCACUUCAUUGUCCGAAGCUUAGAGAUUCUUAUGUGCUCCAGUGUCGCUUAUGUUGCGAGCCAGCCGCUCCGAUAUUCCGCGAGGAAGGAUCGCGGUAAAAUGUAUCCAUAUUUCUUACCGUGUUCAAAGUGUUUCUGUAAUGAAAAGCUGGACCAUUCCUAUGAAUCGAGUAGCAUAAGCAUGGAAUUCGUAUCCGAUCAUGACCAUUUAGGUUGGCUUAAAAAAAUCAGGAAUAAAAAACCAAUAAUCUCAAAUGCGCCAUACCCUCCCCACGCUGCUGAGAAAUACACUGAUCCGGACGCAACGCUGCUUGUCCGUAAAAUCCGGCAACCAAAACCGUCCAUGCUAGUCGUAGAGGGUGGCUUUGUUCGAAUUCGGAGAGACGAUGAAAUACUUCCAUCCAACCAUUUCGAAAUGGACUCAAGGUCUUCUCAUUCCAGUGGCCUUAACCUUGGAGACGCGGAGCAGCCGCAUACAGGCGCUUUAAUAAACUGGAAUUACACGGGUGAUGCAGAUAGUGCUAGUGAUCAGCGUUUGGGGCAUGUUAAUAGUUUUUCAUUGGACAAUUAUAUAAUUCCGCGUAUCGAAGACGAACGCUCAAGUAUAGACAAUGUUCCGGCACCGGACGAAAACGCAGAUGAUACGGACGUCGAUAUUGUCGUUACUGACGUUGAAGAUGAUGCAGACGCGUCCGAAGGAGGCCGUCCUGAGAGUCCGCGGUCAACGCGGAGCGGUGACAUCUUCCGGCCGUUGUCAAUGAUCGACCUGGCGGCGAGCAUGGAGUCCGAGCUGGACCGCGCAUUUCAAGGUGGUAUUGAUUCCGCUGACAUUAUUUCUCACAACAGUCUUCCGGUGUCACUAGAGGGCGUCAGCGACUCAAGCCAAGACGCGUACAACGAGCCGAUGUUUGAACAAUACUACGGGGAUGGGUACUUUGUGCCAGACCCCGACGCCCUUAACCACAGUGGAGCUAAUCACAUGGACUAUGAUUCUGACCAAUCGCGUGCUUCCUCGAAUUCCCGCCUACUGCACAGCCCCGUACGGCGGUGCCGAAGUGAGGAAAAGCCUCGGCCACGGAGCAAGACUUUUGAUAGUUAUAGAUAUCAUUCUUUGUCUAGUGUUGAAAGUGUUGGAAAACAAGACGAGUCUUGUGAAUUUGACUAUAGGAGUAAGGACAAACUUUAGUCAAUGUUCAUUUUCUUAUUUUGAUUGUAUAAUGAAUUGUUUCUUAAUUAAAUUCAUGUUCAAAACA